AAUAUUAGUCUUGGCGGUUGGCGGGAAUGAGUGAUUGCAGAGUACGCAGACAAUCAAAAGACAACAACUUGUCAGCACUUGAGAGGACAAAUUGGCCGAUUGAUACAUGAUUCUGCAAUCCGAUUGUUUCUCCAAUAAUUGUUUUACAAUUUCUUUUCAUUUGUUAAAGCAGUCAUGACAGAACAAAAUGAAGAAGCUAUGUUAACAUAUUACAAGCGCCUGUUUCCUUAUGGACCCUACUUCAGGUGGCUAAAUUAUGGAAAUAUGAAAGAACACUAUUUUCACAACCGAGAAUUUUCAUUUACUCUUCCUGAUGACAUCUACAUUAGAUAUCAGUCCUUUAAAGAUCAAGAUGAGUUGGAAGAAGAAAUGAAAAAAAUGAAACCGCAGAAGAUAGAUUUGGGUGCUGUAUAUAAUCACAGGCCCAAAAACCAUAGAAGUAUCAGUCACUUUAUUCCAAUGGAAAAAGAAUUAGUUUUUGAUAUAGAUAUGACUGAUUAUGAUGAUGUCAGAAAUUGUUGCCAAGGGGCUGACAUAUGUGACAAAUGCUGGAAGUUCAUGGUUGUGGCUAUCAAAGUCUUGGAUGCUGCUUUAAGAGAUGAUUUUGGUUAUCAGCAUUUACUUUGGGUAUUUUCUGGUCGUCGUGGAGUCCAUUGUUGGGUCUGUGAUGAUGCAGCAAGAGCUCUUGAUCAGUCAGCGCGGUCUGCUGUUGCUGAAUACCUGCAGAUUAUCAAAGGAGGAGAACAACAAAAUAAGAAAGUUUCCUUCAACUAUGAACAUCUUCAUCCAGCAGUAAGUCGAGCUGCCAGAAUCGUCGAAGACCACUUUGAAUCAAUGAUGGUGAAAGAUCAAGACAUACUUGGAAGUGAAGAAGCAAUCAAGAAAUUUUUAACUAUGAUACCGGAUGAAAAGUUAAGGAACACUCUUGAAAAAAGUAUGCUCAGUUACCACGACAGCGCAAGCCGAUGGAGAGUAUUUGAAGAGUUAACUGCUAGCACCAACAAAAAUAAACGACAAUCUUCACACCUUAAAGAAGAAAUAAUGCUGCAACUCACAUACCCUCGACUAGAUAUCAACGUAUCUAAACAACUCAACCAUUUACUCAAAUCUCCUUUCUGCGUUCAUCCGAAAACGGGCAAGAUAUGCGUUCCGAUUGAUCCCCUUGAUGUGGAAGAGUUUAGUCCUGAAACCGUCCCAACGUUAACGCAACUAAUCAAUGAACUGCUGGAAUUGGAAGUUUGUGAUGGCACGGGCAAAGAUGGCAAGAGCCUCAAAGACUAUGAGAGAACCGCCCUAAAUCCUUCUAUCCAGCUUUUUAAGAAGUUUUUAAAUAAUUUGGAGAGUUCUUGGAAGCACAAGAGAAUUGCAGCGAACGAUGCGAAAAUGGAAUUUUAGAAAUAGAGAAAAAAUAGUUACUUGGACUUCUUUUAUCAAUCCUUUGGCUCUGAGUACAGCAUUUUUCUAAACAUUAGAGAAAGAUGGCAGAAUACACAGCAUUCAAUUUGUAA